AUGCCUGUUGGCACCAAGAUCUUUCUUCCUUUGCGCGGACGCAUCGGUAUUCGGUCCUUCUCAUCAUCCCGUGCCCGCUGGGAGUCCGCCGUGCCGCUACCGUCAAGCAAGCCCGUAGGAGCUUUCCGAGGAGGUGUCUUUGGGUUCCUGACCGGAUCUGUCGCUGCUGGCGCGUCGGUGUACUGGUACAUCCUAGCUGAGUACCGCCUGGCCAAUGAGAUGCUGUCUGAUGACAUUGCGGCGCUUCAAAAGGCUACUAUCAAGCUCCAGUCAUACAUUACAGAGCUGGAGUCUAAGGUGAAUCAAUUGAACAAGAAAUAA